AUGACGAAUAAUGAUAAAUCUCAAAAUAUUAGUAAUAAAAAAAAAUGUGUGAAGAUACAAUUGGAAAUUCUGCAACAUUUAGAACGUCUGGAAAACGAAAACCUUAUAACAUUUCCUAAUGAAUUACAAAAAAUUAAGAAUGAUCUACCAGUCGAAGAGUGUAUAAACCGUAUUUAUUUAUACUUACUUCAUAUUUUUAAUACAACCAUGGCAGAACAUGCUAUUUAUAUGGCUAACCUGAAGGAAGAACAAAGUAGUAGUAAUACAGAAAAAACCGAAAAAGUUUCUUUAUGGUUUGACAUGUGCUAUCGUCAAACAAAAGAAAUCGAUUCUUAUAAAUUAUUAAGGCUUUUCUAUGAGUUUAUCAGUUGUCACGAAAACGUUGAUAACUCAUAUGUUUAUAAGAACAAAGUUGAUAAUAUUGAUCACAAAAAUCAAAUGUACUUGGUUUACAGACUCACUGGAUGCCUACAACAAUAUAAUGAUGAGUCUAUUAAGGAAAUCCAAUUGGAAAAGGCUUUAAAAUCUAGCGAUAUUUUGGAAAUUUUGAUGUGGUAUAUUAUUAAGCCGUAUACUAAAGAACACAAAAAAUUCUACCAGGAAGUGAUGGUGCCAGUGUUCUUAGAAAAGAUAAAAGACGGAAAAUGCAUAAAGGAUGGUAAUGAAUUUAUUGAUAUCAUAUUUUCAGCUAGAUUUGGUAAUAAGGAUAAAGAAUUUGUUCAUAAAUAUCAUGAUCAACUUGGAAUGUUUGUUGAUAAUAUUAACAACCGGUAUUUAAGAUCAAUAAUUCCUAUAGAACUCAAUGAACACCUAAUGAAUACGCAUAUAAGUCAAAAUAGAAUAGAAUUAUUAUCGGGAUUUAAAGCAUGUCAUUCUAAAAUUAGCGAAACUUUAAAAGAAGAGUUUUCAGUAGAUUGUAUAUUAUGGAUGAUCAAAGGAUCUGAUAAAAGAUUUUUUUUGGACUUGAUUGGGAAUGACAAUGUUCAAAGAUAUAUUGAGUGGUUUGAAUCUUGUCUAUCUAAAGAUAUAUUAAUAAUAAACCAGAUGAAUAUUUUAUGGGAUACUAUUAAAAACAUAGAAAAGCAAGAAAGAAAAGGCACAAAAAAACUAACUGAAACCAUAAAAGAUAAGUUUAGUGAUACCAUUGAAUUAAUAAAAAAGGACAAUGAUUGUAUGUAUUGGAAGUUACUAUUAUAUACGUCUGAAUUGAUCGGAUCUGAAAAUAUUUCUGAAUGGGAUGUAAAAGAUUUGAACGAUAUAUUUAAAGAAUAUGAAAUAUAUUUUAUGAAGAAUAUUAAUAAUACAAAUAGUGGGAAGAAAUUUAAUCUUAUUCGCAAUCUACCAACCACAAUUUUAAAAAUCCUAAUACGAAACCCAUCAUAUACAGAGAAAUUUAAAAUACCAGAUGAAAUCUGUAAUGAAAUGAUAUUAAAGUAUAUGAAACAAGGGAUUGGCGAAUCAAUCAAAUACUUGUUAGAAUGCAUAUUAUGUGCUUUAUGUGGAUCAAAAAAGGAUCAUGAGUUUAUACAAACAUAUAUGGAUGAAAUUUAUGAUAUGGUUUAUAAUACAAAUAUAAAUUUUACAAAAGCAGUAAUAGAAUGCAUAUCUAAACAUAUUAAAAAAAAACAUGAUUUGGAUUUUACUGGUACAGAUAAAACGAUAAUAAGUAUUUUUUUUAGUAAUGUAGGCAUUUUGCCUAUUGAGGAUAAAAAAGUGAAUAAGGAUAAACAGUCUGAGGAUUUGUUUGAUAAAAAGGUAAAAUAUAUAAUUGAAACAGCUAAAGAAGAGAAAAGAAUGGAAGAGAAAAGAAUGAAAAGAAUGAAAAGAAAGGAAGAGGAAAGAAUGAAAAGAAAGGAAGAGGAAAGAAUGAAAAGAACGAGGAAAGAAUGA